AUGUCAUUCAAGGCGAGAAGUGGCUUUGAGUUUACUUUGUUAAACUAUAACAACCUGGCGACUAAAGUAUAUAGCCCACCUUUUGCAACUUCGUUCGAUACCUUUUGGCAACUUAAAUUUAAGCCGACAUCAAAAGAAAAUCCAGAAUACUGUUCCGUGUAUCUAGUAGCUAUACCAAGUCAUGAAGAAGGAGGAACAACUUCGACAUGGACAAAUCGAGCCACUUACUCUGCCGAUAUAUAUAUCAAGCAUCCAGAGACUUUCGUGGAGAUAAAGAAAGCAACUUUAGAUACAACAAAAUUCUCAGCGAUAAAACCAUUGAGAGGUUGGAAUAGAUUUUGCAAAAAGCAUCUACUUCCCUCGGAUCAAAUAAUACUUGGUAUAGAAUUUGAUAAGACAGAAUUCGGUACCCCUGACGAGAAACCAAGAUUUCCAGGCAAUGGUAAGCCAUUCCCUGAUGACUUGGUAACCGCAUGGGCUGAUCAGUUGAAUAAGCCCGAGCAUGCAGACGUUGAAUUUCGAGUCCAAGGACAAUCUAUUUAUGCUAAUACUACAAUACUCACACGGCGGUCGGAAUAUUUUCAAAGAAUGUUCGAAGGACGAUGGAUGGAAUCAAUCACAUACAACCAAAGUGAAGAGGAUCAAAUUCCAAAUGCACAGCCGCCACCGCAACAACAAGUUCCAACGCCUGAAGAUGAAGAUACUGAUAUGGACAGCAAUAUUUUGGGAAGCAAGGUUAUAGAUUUCCAUCCAGACACAUUUCUUGAAAUGCUACGCUUUCUUUAUACCAAUCGUGUAUCAUUUGGACCCAGGGAUUCUCCAACAUCAGCCGUAAAUAUGUUCAAAAUUGCCGACAAAUACUUGAUCGAAAAUUUACAACAACAUGCUAAAGUAAAAUUAUGCCGGGGAGUGAAUGUGAAUAACGCCGCAGAGUUUUUAUUUACGACGGCUUGGCAAUAUGAUGAGUUACGAGACCACGUGAUGAGCUAUGUGGUACAAAAUUUUCAAAACGUAUGCAAGACUUCAGGAUUCAAGAAUAUAACAUUGAAUUCUGGUAGUUAUCCACAGUUUCAUGAUUUACUCACAGAGAUCCUACACAAGGUGUUCCCCGAUGGAGACUCUGAUUAUAGUGAUUAUUGA